AUGUCGCAGACCGAGGUUAAUGUCAACGAUUAUGACUAUAUUGUAAUUGGUGGUGGAACAGCUGGUACAGUUGUCGCUCGACGUUUAGCAGAAGCAAAAGCUAACUAUAGUGUAUGUCUUCUUGAAGCUGGCCCAAGUGACGAAGAUGCAAUUGACAGUCACAUACCAGCACGCUUUGACGCAUUAAUCAAAUCUAAAUAUGACUGGAACUAUGAUACUGUACCUCAGAAAUCUUUUCAUAAUCACAUUAUGGCAAUUCCAAGAGGUCGAAUUCUCGGUGGUUGUAGUGCAAUGAAUGGUACAUUGAUUUGUCGAGGUGCUAAAGCAGACUAUGAUCGUAUUGCUAGUAUGGGAAAUCCUGGAUGGAGUUGGAACGAUAUGUUACCUUUUUUCAAAGCAUCUGAAACAUUUCAUUCAGUUAAAUGGCAUCAAGCAGACAUGUCUGUUCAUGGUACUGAUGGACCUUUACAUACUGAACCUCAUUCUGGUGCAUCUAUUUCGGAAAAAGUCCUUCAAUCAUUUAUAGAUUGUGAUUAUGAUUAUAAGCCAGAUAUGUUUGCACAAGGAGAAUAUGAAGGCGUCGGUCAUGCUAUUCGUACGGUGCAUAAAGGUAUACGUUCUACAAGUGCAAGUUUUGUUUACAAUUUUCCAAAAACAAAUCUCACAGUUCGAACAGGUAUAUUCGUAGAUCGAAUUAUUUUAGAAAAAAAUGAUGGAGAACGUCAGUAUAAAGCUAUUGGUGUUGAAACACAUGAUGAUAUUACUGGCGAAUCGAUUAUUUUCAAAGCAAGAAAAGAAAUUAUUCUGAGUGCUGGUGCUUAUAAUUCUCCAAUGAUUUUAAUGCAUUCUGGUAUUGGUUGUAAAAAACAUCUUUCGGAAGUAAAUAUAAAUUGUAAGAUUGAUUUGCCUGGUGUUGGUAACAAUCUUUUAGAUCAUCCAAUAGUAUAUACUUCGUAUCAAGUUAAUGAUCCAAGUCUAACAUUUGAUCGAUUCGUUUAUCAUGAUCCAAAUGUUCUCACAUCAUUGAUUAAAGAAUGGCACGAAAAUAAAACAGGUUUUUUAGCAAGAUUUCCAUUUGGUACCUUUGCUCUUAAACGAAUCGAUAAAACAAUUCAAGAUCCUAUUUGGGAAGCUGCAAAAUCACAGCAUACAGAUGAUGAUCAGUCAAACUGUGAUCCAAGUGGACAAUUACCAGAUCAACCUCAUAUUGAAUUCUGGAAUACUGAAUUAUAUUUUGGAGCACCUCACAUUCAACAUACUGAUGACCAUCCAGUCAAUCCAGUUAAUGGAGAAGGUGUUUUCACAUUAAUAACUCUUCUUUGUGCAGCACAACAGAGAGGUACUGUUCGUCUAUCAUCAAAUGAUCCAACCGACAAACCAAUCAUUGAUCAUGCUCAUCUUAAUAAUGAACUCGAUGUUGCUAUACUUGCUGAAGGCUGUCGUUUAGGUCAUGAAGUAUUACUAAAAGGUUGUGGAACAAAAGAUAUUAUUAGUGGCCUAUGGCCUAAAACAAUGCCCUAUCCAAAAGAUACAGAUGGCUGGAAGGAACAUGUACGAACAUUCUCUGGCACAUGUUUUCAUCCAGGUGGUACUUGCAAAAUGGCUCCUGAUAAUGAUCCUAUGGGUGUAGUAGAUAAUCAUCUUCGUGUACGAAAUGUGGUAGGUUUACGAAUAGCUGAUAUAUCAAUUUUACCUUUACUCAACAGUGGACAUACACAAGCACCUGCUUAUGCUAUCGGUGAAAAGGUAGCUCAUAUGGUUUUACAAGAUAUUAAUUCUUCAUAA